AUUUGAGAGCUGUUUACUACUUUCUAUAUUUUUUUUAUAAAAAUAAUUAGCAGAUGUAACAAAAAAAUUACAAAUUUGCAAAAUGAAAGCUAACAUAAAUUGGAAUAUGUGCCGUGUCUGUUUAAGCGAACUUAAUACUGAAAUCGAAAAUAAAAGUAUUUUUGAUACCGAUGAGGACAAAAUUGAAAUUUCAAAGAAAAUUUCUGAAUGUGGGGGAAUUGAAGUAAAAAAGGAAAGCAAUUUCCCGGAAAUUAUAUGCAAGAUGUGCAUUAAGCAUUUGGAUGUUGCAUACAAAUUUCGUACAACUUGCAAAAUUACAAACGAACGUCUUCAUUCCUUUGUAAACAAAGCUAACGAAUUUCUCUUAUCCGGGACCUUAGAAAUGACAGAAUCUUUGGAAGUCCCAGAAAUUAUAGUUGAUGAAAACCUAGUGGAUAAAAUUGAGAAUGAAGCAGAAAUUGAUUUUGUAGAAUACGUUAUAGAAGAGGAUGAAAUCGAGUUAAAUAGAGAAGGGCAAGAUCAAUAUACAAUAACUGAUACAGUUGAUUAUACAAAUUUAUUGAAAGACACUUUAUCAGAAAAAGAAAUGCCUGAUUGCAAAUACACAAUUAGAACAAUAUUAGACAAAAAUAGUUUAGAUAUGGAUAAUAACCUAUCAUCUUUUAAAAUAGAUAAUCAAGCCCUGUUUCCAGACGCUGAAGAAAGAAUAAUUGAGGAAAAUCAUGAAAUUUAUGAACUUCAAAUGAGUGGCUCAGAAUUAACAAAACAAGGAAAAACUCGUAGAAAAUAUACAAAACGCGAUCAAACAAAAAGUUUUUCUUGCGAUAUAUGUGGUAAUAAAUUUAAACAUAAAUAUUCUCUUGACAUUCAUAUGAGGCUACAUACAAACGAAAAACCUUUUGUUUGCGAGAUAUGCAGUAAAGAUUUUGCCUUAAAUUUUCAGUUAUCUCGUCAUAUGAGAAUACAUACAGGGGAAAAACCUUAUAGCUGUAAAUAUUGCGAGCGCAAAUUUAGAGACAUUAGUACAAGAAUCAAACACGAAAGAAUACAUACAAAUGAACGUCCUUUUAAAUGUCCGUAUUGCCCCAAGGAUUUUAUUUAUUCAGAUGUUUGCAAAAGACAUAUCGUUACACACACAGGAGAAAAACCUUACGAAUGUUUUCAAUGCAAUAAAAAGUUUGCACAGUCAUAUCAUUUGAAGGCUCAUUUAAUGACAUUAUCUCAUAAAGCUCAAUGCGAGCAGGUUGAAAUUGAACUCUUUGAAACAGAUCCCAGUUAUUCGGAUUAUACUCAAACUCUUAACUCGCCAAUAGAAGGGCAUAAAACGGAGUUAAUAGAACAACAUGAAGUUAUUUCAUUACAAUAAAUUCCAUUUAUUUACUAUUAUUUAUCUUUAAUAAAAAAAUAUUCUUUAAAUUUAAAA